AUGUCGGAGCCACUGCUAGUUCCCAUCCAGCUAGACGCAUUUGUCCUCAAUCCCAAAGUCUGCGGGACACCAGACAAAGUCGAAAGUCGGAUCUGCCCCAUCACCCAACCCAACUACACCUUCCUCCGAUAUGAGGAUUUCGUCGCUGAAAGUGACGUCCAACCAUACGCCGAUCUCCACAAUGCCGCCCCGGCCAGCCACAACUCCCGCACGACAGAUCUAGGCACUGGCCACCAUCGCCGCAAUCGACAUGGAGUCUACAUCCACUGGAGUCUCCCACGGGUGUAUCGGGCAGGAGUUUCUCUGGCGGAUUCGGUGGGCGAUAAAUCGCGCCGCGACCAGGAGCGCCAGCGUCGUGGUCUGGAAAAGGAAACGGAUGAUGCGAAGCCGUCUGCUGCACCGGAGUAUAUCGAUCCCCCAACGAGGUGGUUGGUUGUUCGGAAGCUCGAUCUGGAUACGAUUCAGCCGGUCGAAGCAAGGGCGAGUUUCGAGGAAUUCACCGCGUGGGUGAUCGAGGGGGAUUAUUUGUGGAAAUUGGAUGAUAUACCCCCGCACUAUGAUCUCCAGGUCGAUGUGUCUCCUUUUCUGGCGGGAGACCCAGACAAGGACGUGGAUGUUGGGGCUCAGGCUGAGGUAUUUAUCGGUCGCAAAACCCUGCUGAAGGAAUGGGUCGAUGAUACACCGAGAAAUCCGCCUCGCAUUCCAGUACUGGGUAGUGGGAACCAGCUCUUUGCUGACUUCCAACAGCACAAUUCUAAUGUUUUUAGUAUGCUGGAUAAUUUUGCAUAUGGGGAUCCAAAAUCUCCAGAGUACCUGGAUGUUGCCGAGGCCAGUUAUUAUGUUAUUGGAUGGCACUGGAAGGAUGAAGCAGAUCCGCUGUGGAUGGAUGAUAAUCGUCCUCGUAGUGAGAGACUUGAUUCCCUUUUUAUGUCACUGCAGGGGGGCGGAAAUGCUUGGCUCGAUGCGACUGGUCCAACUCGUUUACUGUGUCACGGCGCUAUGUACAAUGUUCAAUGGGACUGGAACAAGAAGCCAGAGACCCCCGCUGAUAAAUUUGCUCGUCGUCUUCACGACCAGAGCAACCCGGCUGUAUCGGUCGGAACAACGGCGUUGGAUGCAUUGAUGACGUAUUGUAAGGCAAGAAGAAGGGACACAGGUGAUUCUGAUACAGCCACUGAUCUGGAGAAAAAGAUUCUUUCUCUUCAGGCUCUUCUCCAUACCCAUGAUGAUGGAGUCGAAGGCCAGCGUGAAGCGAUAGAUACCGUGUAUAACUGGAACUUUACUCGUUCCCCUGGUGGCAUUCGCUAUUUCCUAGCCACAAGUGAUGACCCACAAGCCAAACCGCUCCAGAUAGACGACGAAAGUCAAAGGAAUCUAAAGACUCUGAACCAACGCCAGAUUCUGCAGGAAUCUUGCCUUCGCGCGGUAGACCAGCUGCGGUGGGAUCUUUUUGCAUUGUGGUGGAAAUAUAUCACAGACCCAGGCAAUGCAGAUGGCAGCAAUAAUCAACAAUUUGAGAGCGAUGUAUUGGAGAUCCGCGAUCGAAUCGUGAACCUUGGGGGGAAGAUCAGAUCUUUGGAGGGGGAAAUUCAGGGGUUAAAGAGUAUGGAAGCGAUACGAUCAGGCACUCAUCAACCCUACUAUCAGGCUCGCGAUCCAACUCUUUUAGUUGGAGGCAUUGACCAGGGAUGGCCAUCAGACUAUUUGUCUCCACUGAGUGUUCGCCUCCAAUCGCAGACCAUCUCUUCGACAGAGGAUGAACCGAUACCUGAUGGACUUAAGACUGUCUAUGAACAGAUGAAAGAACGGCUUGCCUCGUCCAUGUCACAGCACAUGUUGGGAGCCGCGAGAAGACUAUUUGGCGAGUUCCAUUCCUUGAUGUCGCAAAGCGGGCGACAGCCAUCACUCGGACGAUAUUUUCCACAAUUCCACGAUAAACUGGAUGGGUAUGCGAGAGAUGAAUGGAACCAACGGCAGCCUUGGCGGCCCCUAUACAUGGAAUGGGAAGCAGAGUACAUUCACAUCCCCUUCGAACAUUGGUACUUGGGCGAACAGACCGCUCGGUUGUCAGAGAAUAGUCAGGUUCGCUAUGGAGUAAAGGUGCAAAGCGGCGCUCCGCUGUGGGAAGAACUUGCAAAGCCCUCAAACGACGGAAAGCAUUCGAGUCUCGACAGGCGUUUGAUCUCUGGCCGCGGACUGAUUCUUCCUCAGCCAAGUUUCUCUCUUGAUGCGCGGAUCCGCCAGUUGUUCUCAAGCAUGCCUGAACAGGAACUUGAGAAACACAUCACCAAGGAACAUAGAAGAAACCUGCUUGAUCAGAUUCCUCGACUUCCAUAUCUUUCUGCACCACUCUCUGGGCUGACUGAUGGCUUGCUAACCCUGGCACACGGUACGCACAUAAAGCCUCUAGCCAGAACAAUCGGCCCCGCGGGUGAACGGAUGACUGCAAUCAAGUCGGCCUGCGUCCCCCAGGCCGGGUUCGAUGAUAAAGCGUUGGAAAUGAUCCAGGGGAAUUCGGCCCUUACCCCGUUAGCUGCCACCGUAGCCUGGCCCGAUCAGGCCCAUUGUCCGUUCAAGCCAGUAACGCAUGGACAGGUGAGAUUUCGAAAACUCAAUAUUAUCGACAAGUUUGGCCAGACCUUGGUGGCCAUCGAUCCAGAGCCACGGACUACCGUACCUCGACCUCUGUAUCCGUGUAUCAGUGACCUUUACGAGCCCCAAAAGCUCAACCAACAAGACGCCAAUACAGUUCUCCCAGGCCGUGACGGAAACUGCCAAUUCUUUCAGAUACCUCCGCAGAUCGGCCAGAAUUCGAGACUCAAUGCGUGCUUCGUUACCCGCAGUGAACCGGGAACAUCCUCAAGAAAUGAAAAACAGGCUUAUUGGCGGCCUACAACUGAAUGGGAAAAUCCAAUUUGGGGUUGGGUUGUCACUAACUACGCUGAUGAAGGCAUCCAAUUCUUUCUUCCGGAUGGAACAUUCUACUGUGAGGUGCGGGUAGGUGGACAGCUGGAGACGGUCAAGACACCGAAAUGGAUGCCGUUUAAGCCUGAUGCCUCUACGGGAGCACAGGACGAUCCCAAUCGCAAACAGUUCGAUGCGCUCAUUGUAAAGCUCGGUGAUGUUGACUAUCUGAGGGCGUUUUGGUAUAUGGUUGUCAACGCACUAGAGAGCUUACCACCAACUCCGAACUCUUAUGCGCAGUAUCUGACAGCGAUUGUUGGAAAACCACUCGCGCUUGUCAAUAUGGGAUGGUCUCUUGAACUAGACCGUCCUCCGCUGCAGAACCAAGCGACCAACACCAUGGCCAAGGAACCGAGCCUGUCAUUAACCAUUCAACCUGGCAAGCCAUCCUACGAGCUGAAAGUCAAACUGGGCGACAAGGAGCGCGAAUACGAUGGUAUGGUGGGAUAUUUCAACAUGACCGAGACAGAAGACCAUGCUGAAGGUAAUGAGCUCAGCCUGGAUACCAUCCAGACUUACUUUGCCACCGCCGAUGAUAAAUUCCCGUCGUUGAAGGCUAUCACGCCCGAAACUCACCCAAAGUUCCGUCCGUUCUGGGAAUCUCCCUGGAGGAGUGACCCACCAUCUGGCUCGGACUUCUGCAACCCAGCCGAGUAUGAUAACCGUCGAAACAAACACCUACAAGUAUAUGGUGCCAUAGUGGACCCCUUCACGGCUAUCCACGCGUAUUCUUCCUUCUUGCCCGCACAGUCCUUACAGCUGGCACCGUGGACGUGGCAGGAUGCCAUGAGCAAAGUAACAGCUUUUUUCCAUGCGGGGCCUAUCACACUAACCGCCGACGUAAAAGAGUAUGAUCCUGCCCGAGCCCUGACACAGGAUAACAUGAACGAGGACCCUCCGCAUCAAGUGGGUCUCCCUGGAUUAACAGGUGGAAAGUGGUCUUGGUUGCAGCCGUAUGUCGAUCCCAGCGAUGAGCUAUCUACGGAGGACGAAGGUACCGAUUCUGGAGGCUCCGAUGCAAGUUCCCCUGCGGAUGCCGAUUCGCAACCACCGUCAGAAUCGGCCGGAUUGACGCCACCGAUAUUCAAUUCCUAUGAAAUUGGGCAGACGGAGAAGCGUCUUGCAAAGCCGGGUUUUGAGAGUGGGCCAUACACGGCUAUUGAGGGCUUUUUGCAUCUGCGGAGGCCCAUAAUGAUGGAUCAACCGGAGCAGGAGGGAGAUGAGGUGCAGUCACACGUGCAGGAGUUAGAGAAUCAAGAGCCAAGAGAAGGUCAUGACUGA